UCCCUCACAAGGGGUCUUUGAGUCUACAAAAGCAGCCCGCGGAUGGUAGGCUUUAUUCCAUUGUCCGUGACCUCGGAGGGCGCGGCCCCUUCGCACUGGGCGUGAGGCCGGUGGCGCGGGCUGCGCGCGGGCCGGAGCAGGGCAUGCCGGGAGUUGUGGUCCCGGCGCACUGAGGCUGUGGGACGUGUCGCGGCGCCGCACCGGCUCCUCCUUCCCCGCCCUUCUCAGCGGUCCCCCGCCCCCUCCCUCCGCCUCCUCCUCCCUCGCCCGCAGCCGAGAGCCCCCUCCCCCACCCGUCGGGCUCCUCGGCGGCUACUGCAGAGGAUUCAGAGCCGACUCGCUGAGGAGGAGGCUCCCGGUCCCUGCGCGCCAUCCGCCACCUUACUGGACACGGGCGAGGGAGCGAGAGCGUCGCGUCUGUAGCCUCCAGAGAAGACAAGGGCAUCGUCGCCUCGGCCACCGCCGCCGCCGUUUUCGCCUGCAGCGGCUCGUCGUGGGCAUGGAUUGUAUCCGAUCAUCCUUUUAUUUUCAUGAACCCGUUUUUGGACCUUGCGUGGAACAGGCAUCAGAUCCGCAGUCUUCCACAAUGAACCCUGUUUACAGCCCCGUGCAGCCUGGGGCUCCUUAUGGCAACCCUAAAAACAUGGCCUAUACAGGUUACCCCACAGCCUACCCGGCAGCAGCCCCUGCCUACAAUCCCAGCCUGUACCCCACCAAUAGCCCCAGUUAUGCUCCAGAGUUUCAGUUCCUGCAUUCAGCUUAUGGAUACCAUGAAGCAACUCUGCUGAUGAAACAGGCCUGGCCACAGAACUCGUCUUCCUGUGGCACUGAAGGCACCUUCCACCUCCCAGUGGACACCGGGACCGAGAACCGAACUUACCAAGCAUCCUCUGCGGCUUUCAGAUAUACUGCGGGGACACCAUACAAGGUCCCGCCAACCCAGAGUAAUACUGCUCCGCCCCCCUACUCCCCAUCACCCAACCCCUAUCAGACGGCCAUGUAUCCAAUCAGAAGUGCCUACCCCCAGCAGAAUCUGUAUGCCCAGGGAGCCUACUAUACACAGCCGGUGUACGCUGCCCAACCCCACGUCAUCCACCACACCACGGUCGUCCAGCCCAACAGCAUUCCCUCUGCCAUCUACCCAGCGCCUGUCGCUGCCCCCAGGACCAACGGCGUGGCCAUGGGCAUGGUGGCUGGCACCACCAUGGCGAUGUCAGCAGGAACCCUGCUGACUGCACCCCAGCACACCGCGAUUGGGGCACACCCUGUCUCCAUGCCAACAUACAGGGCCCAAGGGACCCCUGCGUACAGCUACGUGCCCCCGCACUGGUAAAGCCUGCAGCCCAUGCAAAUCUGGAGUCACACAUUGUAUGCAACUACUCAAGUCUUACACAGGUGCUGGAGCAGUUCCCUAGCAGCACCACCUCUAUUUGCAAGAAGAGACAACGGAAGUGCAAGGGUCACUUUAUGCAUCUUAAUGGUUUUGGUUUUUAUUUUUGGUUUUUGUAAAAGCUGCUUUUUCUAAUCUCCUGCCUCUCCCCACUAUCACCCUCUUAGCCACUGCCCCUCUGGCUCGACCCCCUCCUCCUACCUGACCAGGCACAUCCUCUCUGCUCUUCCCAUCCCAAAGUACCCAGUCCCCGGGGAUCCCAGUCUAGUUGCAGGCAGAGAGUGGGGUUUAUUGCAGUGGUUCAGCUGAAGGCACAAUUUCCUUUGAAGAGCGUAACAGAUGUGGCCCUCGGGUCCAGGGUAGGAACUCAGAACUGUUGAGCAGGCCACAUCUCUGGGGGAUUGUUUCUUUUUUGAUUUUCUCAAGCACGAUUAGUUUAGGACAUUAUUGUGUCUUGACACAAACGAAAUGUCUUCUGAGAACCAUCGUAACAGACCAAGAACCAAACCCCCUGAUUAGGUAGGAGUGUUCAUAGCAGCUUAAUACCCCAGGUGAGAACCUGGGAAAACCAGAUUCUUUCUUUGGGAAAACUUGGGGGGGGGGAGGGAAGGAAGAGAGAAGAGGGGAGAGAGGUGCUUUCUUGCUGGCUUUGGUUUGUAAGGUCUCUGGCCAAACUGUCUGGGCCUGGACCCUCUGAUUUGCACGGUGAUGUUAACUGACCUGGCACUUCCUCAGAAGGUGAUUUUGACCUCAGACCUGCCAAGCAGCUGCAGGGUGGUGGGCUCCCAGCCUCCCAAAGCCUUGGAAGGCCAGGUGCCCUGUGUAAUCCAGACCUUGGCUUCUGAGCCCUCAUGGACGCACUCUGAUGAGGAGCUUCCUCCUGAUUAGAGUGGGAACCUAUAGUAUUCUCUCCCUUCCCUCUGCCCUUCGUAAUGCCAGGGCUCACCUGUCUGUCUGUGGGCAGGCAGGCAUGCCAAGCUCUUGGUUACCUUGUGCCAUUCAUGGCCAAAGUGAAGGAACCACAUUCCAGGUGGGUGCUGGCAGCUCGGAGGGUCAGGAUAGUGAAGGAAAAGCAAUAGCAAUAAACAUUUCAUAGCCUCAUGGAACUGAAGGGACCUUAGCAAUCAUCUCAUCCAUUCCCCUAUUUGACAGAUGAGGAAGCUGAGGCCCAGAGAACAGGAAAGGACUUCCCUAGACCUCGCAGUAAAUUAGCAUUAAAUGCAGCCUUCCUACCUAGGGGCAUGUUGCCCAAAAUUUACUGAGGAAUGGAUCAGAUGAAUCGGCUUAGUUUUGUAAAAAUUAAGUCAGCAGCGCCCCACCUGGUGAGCUCUGGGCUUUGGUUUCUGCUCUUUUCCUCCACUCACUUCAAAGGUGGGGGUUGAAGACUAGGCAGAGGUCACAUGGGGGCAGAUGGCAGAAACAGAAGUUUCAAAUGAAGAAAUAACAUUUGGAAAUUCUGUGAAGACAUCUGAAACUUUUGUCCUAUACCUGACUCCAGCCCUAGGAGAAGGAGCAGAUGGGCUGGCUAAAAAGGAGAGUCCAUGCUGUUAGGACAGCAGCCCCUCGUCUUGAGAGGAAAGGAGCAUGAGGAUGAGGCCCAGGAGACAUGGGCUCUCCUGGGAGAAGGAGGUCCCCUGGGUCAGGAGGCCCCCUAGUCUCAGCCAGGAGCUGGGUUGCCGAGCACUGCCCCCCUGGCCCCACCGCUUGGCUGGGCCAGCAGCCCCUCUGGGGGAUGCAGGAACAUUUACUGUACAAAAUGAGAUCAUUGAUAAUAUUUGGGACUUUUAAAUAACUCUUUUCAUUUUAAAUUCAUGCAAACAUACCCCUACCCCUACCUCCCAUGUCUCCCUAAAGGAGGAAAAAAUCAGGAAACCCUUGGGCCAGCAGGACCUGUCUGGCUGUUCCCAGGAGGUCAAAGACCAUCAGCAUCCUUGGCCCAGAGCUAGGACUUGGGGGCCCAUCUUCUUGGCCUUCCAGGGAACUGCAAGACCAGUAAGGAGAAACCCAGCUGUUCUGUGGUCUGCUCUGGGGUGCUGAAGAGGUUUUGUUUUAAAACAACAGAAAGUUUUCCAGUGUUAAUCCAUUUUGUCCAAAUACCUCCUCCUACUCUCUGGUUUUGUAAGAGUGAGUGAAGGUUGUUUUAGAUUAUGUCAUACAUGUUUGGAAAAUGCCAAAAUAAUAAUAAUGAUAAUAAUAAUUAUAUUAGGAAACCUUUGCAUUUGUCAGGUGCUUCAUAGAUUUCAGAGCACUUCACAGCCUUUAAUUUACUGGCUCUGAGAGAGAGACGGGGUCCGUGUUAUUACACCCAUUUGACAAGUGAGGAAAUCGGUUCUAGAAGGAAAGGGAACUUCCUCAGAGUGAGCACAAUGCUGGUAUCCCGACAGGCUUCCCUGAACUGUGCUACCUCCAGGUGGGCUAGGGUAGAACCAGAGAGGAGGGGAAAAGGAGGAGACCUAGGGAUGACCUUGUGACUGUUGUUCUUUCUACACCAGUAAGUAAAAACUAACAUUUAGUACCUCACAGUUCACGAAGCAAUUUCACAUCCAUCCCUGGUUUAACCUUGUGAGAUAGAUUGUUCCUCCCAUUUGAUCCAUGAAGAAACUGAGACUCAGUAAAGCAAAGUGACUUGCUCAUAAGUGGCUAAGCCACUUGAAUCCCAGUCUGUCUGCUCUCUCUUUCCCUCCAGUCUGACUCCACACACAGGCUCUUGGACUGAACCAUCUGUGCUCUGCACCCUCUCUUAGCCCUAGCAUGUCAUUCAAGAUCAAAGACAGGCCCCAAGGCAAAAACGAGGCACAGAGAGGCUGUGGUCUAGAAGAGCCCACGCCCAGCACCCUUUUUCAGUAGGAGCACCGGAGCCCCAGUUCAGCUGGCCUCAGCCUCUUGCUUUGAUGGACAUCCACAAGCCUGGCCAAGCUUGGGGAGUCGCUGCAAAGGGACUGAGCCCAGGAGAGCAGGGGCAGUGGUGUGCCUCUGGUGGGAUGAACAUACCUGGUAGGAUCACCGUGCCUGUAGGGAGGUACGAUAGGUAUCAUCCAAAGAUGCUAGAUGGCCCAGUGGUCAAGUUGGACGGAGGGUCAGAGCUGGAAGGGCCCUGUCAUUGUAGGAAGGCCAGCAAGCCAGAGAGGACAAGGAGUGUGCCAGCCAGACAUAGUGAGCUGCAGCGCUGGCACCAGCAUGCAAACUCCUCUCUCUACCCCACUCCACUGCCUCUCCCAGUA